UUUAAGUAGGGUUAAACCGAUCUAGUUUGAGAAUCACAAGAACAUGCAGGUGCAACAUAACCUUGUAGCCUUGGCCUUGGUGGUGUUGUGGUCAUGGUGUUGGUGGAGCUUUGAGGGUGUAGUAGGAGACCCUCAAAUCUUUCUACUGAAAUGGGAUUGCAGCGGUUUCACGGUACCCAACUUGUCGAACUUCAACCAAAACCUAAACGCGAGUUUGGCAGAUCUGAGAGCACAUGUGAGGAACCAAAGCAAGUACUUUGCCACGGCUCAAGCAACCAGCGGGACAGAUCCUGUCUAUGCUAUGUUUCAAUGCAGGAACUACCUCUCCAUCACUGACUGCGCCACCUGCUUGGCCGCCGCCACCGCCCAAAUCCGCAACUGCUCCGCCGGAUCCAACGGUGCCCGUGUCAUCUACGAUGGCUGCUUCCUCAGGUACGAGAGCAAUGAAUUCUUCAACCAGAUCAUGUCUCGCAGCAGCAUACUCUGUGGAAAUCAGACUGUGGAUGAAAGCAGUGAUUUCAGUGCAGUUGGACAACAAGUGCUGAUGGAUCUACAAAUUGCAACACCAAAAAUUAGUGGCUUCUAUGCAGCUACCAAGACACAGGUGUCUGGUGGUGCAAUCUAUGCCAUUGCACAAUGUGCUGAAACUCUCACACAAGACACUUGUAAGGAUUGCUUAUCAAUUGAACAAAGCACCAUACAAGGUUGUCUUCCCAAUACAAAUGGUAGGGCAUUCGAUCCUGGUUGCUUUAUGAGAUAUUCAGAGACACCCUUCUUUGCCGAUAAUCAAACCAUUGAUAUCAAUCCAUUCUUGAAACAAGGAGGAGGACAUUUAAACAAGAAGUGGAUCGUUAUUGGUGGUGGUGUUGGAGGUGCACUCCUUGUUGUGAUCCUUAUUUCAUUAUUUCCCAGGCAUAGAAGAUCCCAAAGUCCCAAGAGAGUUCCCAGAACAGGUAACAUAUUGGGAGCAACUGAAUUGAAAAAUGCAACCAAGUAUAAGUAUAGCGACUUGAAAGCUGCAACAAAAAAUUUUAGCGAAAAAAAUAAACUAGGAGAAGGAGGUUUUGGCGCGGUUUACAAGGGGACCAUGAAAAAUGGAAAAAUUGUUGCGGUCAAAAAAUUAAUUUCAAGAAAAUCUAACAAGAUAGAUGAUGAGUUUGAAAGUGAGGUAACACUUAUAAGUAAUGUUCAUCAUAGAAAUCUGGUUCGGCUUCUUGGUUGUUGCAGUAAAGGCCAAGAAAGAAUCCUUGUUUACGAAUACAUGGCAAACAACAGCCUUGACAAAUUCUUAUUUGGUAAAAGAGAAUGCUCCCUCAACUGGAAACAACGCUAUGAUAUAAUUUUGGGCACAGCAAGGGGAUUGACUUAUCUGCAUGAAGAAUUUUAUGUUUCUAUCAUACAUAGGGAUAUUAAGAGUGGAAAUAUUCUUUUGGAUGAAGAACUUCAACCCAAAAUUUCCGAUUUUGGAUUGGUGAGACUCUUACCUGAGGAUCAAUCUCAUCUUAGCACAAGAGUUGCAGGAACAUUGGGAUACACAGCACCCGAAUAUGUACUCCAUGGUCAAUUAUCAGGAAAGGCCGAUACAUAUAGCUAUGGAAUUGUAGUUCUGGAAAUUAUUAGUGGUCAAAAGUGUACUGAUGUGAAUGAUUGUGAUGAUGAUGAAUACUUACUAAGACGGGCAUGGAAGUUAUAUGAGAAAGGCAUGCAGUUGGAGCUGGUGGACAAAAGCUUAGACCCUAAUACCUAUGAUGCAGAAGAAGUUAAGAAAGUCAUAGGCAUUGCAUUGUUGUGCACACAAGCAUCGGCUGCAAUGCGGCCAGCUAUGUCUGAAGUAGUACUCCUACUUAGUAGCAAUGACUUACUUGAUCAUAUGAGACCUUCAAUGCCUCUCUUUAUUGAGUCAAAUUUAAGGCCCCAUAGAGAUAUCCCUAUCUCAACUGGUUCCUCUACAUCUAAUGUUACUACCUCCAAUUCUAUAGUACCUGCUCGAUGAUUAAUUGUAUGAUGAUGAGUACAAUUAUGUGUAAUAAAUCUUACCUAUUUUAAAGAGUAAUUUGCACUUAUGCUCUGUAAGUUUUCUUGAUAUUUCACAUGACCCUUUGCUUUGGUAAGAUUUAGAGCAACACCUUGUAGAAAUUUAAGAUAUUAUGUAUAUUUUGAAUAACAAAAGGUGUAGGUGUAAUGUGUAAAGAGUGUUUUUUUUUCAAAUAAUUAAAGAUGGUCGGUAU